UCAUAAAGUGGCUCCUUCGAGCCCCCGCCCCCUGCAACCGUUCACGUCGUAAUCAAGGCGCCGUGAAAAGGCUGAAGACGGUAAACUGCUUCACACAACCUGUUGACGAGCCACCCGAGUCGUCUGACGCUCACUUGAGGCGCUGACAUGGGGGAAGAUGCCCGACCCAACUGGGACAGUCCCGUGCAGUUCCUAUUGGCCUGUGUUUCUUAUGCCGUUGGACUGGGGAACGUUUGGCGAUUCCCGUACCUGUGCCAGAUGCACGGGGGAGGGGGAUUCUUGAUUCCAUAUCUGCUGAUGCUGUUUCUUGAGGGUGUGCCCUUAUUCUACAUGGAGCUUGCCGUUGGUCAAAAGAUGCGCUUGGGAAGUAUUGGGGCCUGGUCGGCCAUAAACCCGUAUUUGGGAGGAGUGGGCCUUGCUAGUAUGGUAGCCUCCGUGUAUAUUUGCCUCUAUUACAACAUCAUCAAUGCAUGGAGCUUCUGGUACCUCUUUAAUUCAUUUCAAUCAGUCCUGCCCUGGUCAGACUGCCCUGUCAAUUCCAACCUGACAGGACCCCUGGAAGAGUGCCAAAAGGCUUCUUCGACCCAGUACUUCUUUUUUAGAGAAACACUAAACAUUUCCACUUCGAUUGAAGAGAAUGGAGGCAUCCAUACAGGACAGGCUUUGUGUCUCCUGCUGGCCUGGGUGAUCACCUACCUCUUCAUUAUCCAUGGAAUUAAGUCAUCUGGGAAGGUGGUUUACUUCACAGCCACGUUUCCUUAUGUGGUGCUCGUUAUCUACCUCAUCCGGGGUUUGACUCUUCCUGGUGCCAUCCAUGGUAUCACGUAUCUGUUCACCCCCAAGAUGGAAGAACUGGCCAAUCCGACUGCAUGGAUAAAUGCUGCCACUCAGAUUUUCUUUUCUCUGGGUUUGGGAUUUGGGUCGCUCAUCGCGUUUUCCAGCUACAAUCAGUACAACAAUAACUUUGAGCACCAGGCCUUCACUGUCGCCAUCAUUAACAGCGGAACCUCCAUUUUUGCUUCCAUCGUCACCUUUUCCAUCUAUGGGUUUAAAGCCACAGUUAACUAUGAGAACUGCCUGGAGAGGACGCGCAUAUUGCUGCUAAAUUCCUUUAACCUCGCAGAAGAUACAAUCAGCAUGAGCAAUGUGCUUGACUGGAUUAAAAAUCUCAAUGCAACUUACCCGGAGCAGUUUGCCGAACUUGGCAAUAAACUGGAAGACUGUGACCUAAACGAUGAACUAGACACGGCAGUCGAAGGGGUUGGUCUGGCUUUCAUUGUGUACAGUGAAGCCAUUCAAAACAUGCCUCUACCUCAGUUAUGGUCAGUGCUGUACUUCGUCAUGCUUCUGCUUAUUGGAUUGGGCAGUAUGCUGGGCAACAUGACUGCUAUCAGCACCCCACUACAAGACUUUAAGAUACUGUCCAAAGUUAGCAAUGAAGUUUUAAAUGGGAUAUUGUGUCUAAUCUUUCUGCUGUUUGGCCUGGCCUUCACCACCCCAUCUGGAAAUUACUGGUUUACCAUGUUCAAUGACUACGGAGCAUCUUUCUCACUGCUAUUUGUCGUCCUCAUUGAGGUUAUAACUGUCAGUUACCUUUACGGAAUUAAAAGGUUUGAAAAAGACAUAGAAGACAUGCUUGGCCACCGUCCAAACUGGUACUUGAAGAUCAUGUGGAUGAUAGUCAGUCCUCUUCUCCUAAUAGCCCUCUUCAUCUUCUAUAUUGUCAAUUACAUCAGAGGAGGAGCAAUCACUUACCAAGCAUGGGACAAGGAGCUGGGAAAGACGGUGGUGACGGACUAUCCUAUAUUUGGUCAAUUCUUCAUUGCCCUCCUACUGGUCUCCGCAGUCAGCUGUGUUCCCCUCACAGCUCUCUAUGUGUACUGCACAAACAGGAAACGUUCUACUUCUAUUAAAGAAAGCGCCAUAUCUGCGUCGUGAGCCUCCAAUCAGAUGAUAAAGCGUGCUUUUCGUGGGACAAGCUUCCCGGUGUCCCAUUUAUCCCUCUUUAUUGUAUUCCAUUUUGUUUAUAUGGCACAAUUUCACAAUGUUUUUUUCAAGGCACUUUACACAGGUCACGGCAGAUCUAGAGCCAAACUCCUUACUCCUACGUGGACAAGGAAAACGUCCCUUCUGUGGAAGGAGACUUGUUGGUAUUACUCCUACUAGAAACAAAUAUGCUGUUGCUGCAGUGUUAUUUACAGCUCUGUAAGCAGCAAUCGCUAAGGGAGAGAAAUGUGAAAGCAAUGAUGAUGAGGUGACGCGAACAGAGGAAAGGAAGAAUCUGGAAUUCUAGUAAGCAUUCAAGUAGCAGCUGGAGCGUCUAUUGGACUUUUGGACUUGCUGGAGCAGCCUGGCCAACAAGCUUAUUUCCUGCUCAAGUGGAAUCAAGUUGCUGUAGCCAAAUUUAAUUGGAACGCACAAUUGUCAAUAUUUGGUGGCACUUUGGCAAAUGACUUAGUUUUAGAGCUGAGCGAAAGCUAAAUUGUCUGUGAAGUUGGUGUUAACUGUUGUUUGUGAAAGUUGCUACAUGAAUGGAUUUCUAACAUUGUUAUUCAUGUUAUAUGUGGUUCUUGAUUUUAUGUUUUAACGGGCCCAACAUAUGCUGUAGUAUGCUAAUAAAUAUCUUAUUUGAAAUGCAUUGGAGCAGUUGCAUUGUACAAAGUAUGAUUAGGUACUGACAUUAUUGCCUCAUAUCCUCUGAAAAACUAUGUAUUUACUGUAGAUAGAUUUGUUGAAAUUGUCUGAACUAUAUAAUAUUGUUACGGAAUUAUUCCUCUAGAAGUAGUAGGAGAACAUUGUUGAGGAAUUUUACCUUGUUAUGAGAACUAUUGAUACUAGUCUCUGUCCUGAACGUCUGUUGAAGUACUUAAAACAGAGAAUGUAGUGUGAAGUUUAAUCCUACUUCCCCUUGAGUGAUUAACAGCCCCCAAGUGUCUUCUUCUGGUCUCCCACCUAUGCUGAGCCCCUCAGGGUUGUUAAGUCCAAUCUCACAAUUUAUGCACAGCAGAUGUGGUCUGUACUUUGUCAAAAUGCCAAGAUCGAACUUUGCUUGACUUUCAUUGUUUCUGAUUUUUACAUAAGGGGAAGGACUGCCCACCCCGAAUUAACAUAAUUAACAUACUAUGCCUUUAUUUACGUGUGAUUGUGGUUGUUCGGGGCUUCCUGAUGAAAUCUGAGACUCACAGGAGCCCGAAUUGAUUCGCGUUGCCUUGUGAUAAACUGAAGAAAAGACGACGUGGUGUUGGGUCUUCUUCCACCUUAUAGAAAGAUAAAAGAACCUGUGUCCAAGGAGGGCGUAGAGCAAAUUGACAGCUCCAUUCCUCACCAAAUAUGAAUCCACAUGAAUCAUAAUAUUCCAUAUUCUGACCCAAAUUGAUGUGAGGAACCACAUAUGUAUACAUUUGUAUCUUCCAUGAAAAAAAAACAUUUCAUGAAAUGCAUUUAGUGGUAAAUUAUACAUUUUGUAAAAAAAAAAAAAAAAAAAAACAUGUAUCGAAUGU